AUGGCCAUGGGAAGCCAUGGCGAGUCGUUCGUCGCGUGUCUGCGGCAGGGGACAGGCGGCUCCGAAGGCGAGAAGUACCUUCUGCCGCUCCGUCACUCACCGGCGUUUGUCAUCUCCGUCAACCACCUUGCCAUCAACAACACCAUCGACCUCAUCGUCACUGUCAAACCCCUGACCUCCAUCAUCAUGGACUCGCACGGGCUUGUUGGACAGAUCGCCAAGAACAAGGCCAAGGACCUCGCCAAGGUUGUCAAGGCCCACCCGGAGAUCGUCGACGCCACCGACGACGACGGCAUGAUGCUGCUGCACCACGCGGCCAAGGACAACGCCGUCGAGUGCAUCGCCGUCCUCCUCGACGCAGACGCCCGCAUCAACGCCCAGGACACCAAGCACGGCUGGACACCCAUGCACCACGCCGUCGAGGCCCUCUCUGUCCAGGCCGUCAAGGCUCUUCUCGCCGCGCCAUCCCUGGAUCUCACCGUCCAGGCCACCGCCUACGGCGGCUACACCCCGCUCAUCCUCACCGUUGUCAACAUCGACUGCGGUGACGACAUGGCUGACGUCCGUGCCGACCAGUGCGACCGCCGCGAGACUAUCCUCCGCGACAUCCUCGUCUACUACUCGGAGCACGAUGACCUCGACGUCAACGCUCUCGCCGGCAACGACACACACAUCCUCGCCUUUGUUGAGGACAUCACCAAGCACUCGGACUACGAGCGCUCCUUCUACGCCCGCAUGGCCGAGAUGCUCAUCAACCACGGCGCCGCUCGCUAGGAGCACGUGGGCAUCGGCGCGCGUGUCCGACACCACAGUAAAGGAGCGCCGGCG